UAUUUGCCUCCUUAUCAGAAAUACCUACAAAAGUACUAUAACUUGAAGACUGGGACCAACAAAUCUGGAAGGCAGAGAAACAGCGGUUUAGUGGUUGAGAAGCUGAAGGAAAUGCAGAAAUUCUUUGGGCUGAAGGUGACUGGGCGGCCAGAUGCCGAGACCCUGCACGUGAUGCAGCAGGGCUGGUGUGGGGGGCCCGACGUGGCUCCCUACGUCCUCACUGAGGGGAACCCUCGAUGGGAGCACACAGACCUGACCUACAGGAUUGAAAACUACACACCAGAUCUGCCAAGAGCAGAGGUGGACCGUGCCAUUGAGAAAGCCUUUCAACUCUGGAGUGAUGUCUCACCCCUGACCUUCACCAAGGUCUCUGAGGGUCAAGCGGACAUAAUGUUAUCCUUUGGGGAGAUCAUGGCGGUAAGUCCGACUUUGGCAGAAUCAGAAGCCCGCUUGCUCAUGUGUUCGCGCCAGGAAGGGGCAUGGGAGGAGGUGUUCAUUUUGAUGAGGAAAAAACAUGGACCGAUGACUUCAGAAUGUUUUCUCUACAAGAAUGCCUUUAGUCAAGUGGGCCAGCUUUGUGAUCAGCCUUAA